UUGUUUCUUUUGAGCCACAUCAGAAGACUAGAUCAGCAAAGAUGAAGUUUGAGAACCUGUUGACUGAGGUUGGGGGGUUUGGAAAAUACCAGAUCAGUAUCAUCGCCCUUUUGGUGAUUCCGAGAGUAACGCUACCAUUUCACUUCCUGUUGAACAACUUCAUUGCCGCCAUCCCAUCUCAUCACUGUGAUAUCAGCUCUCUGGAUGCUGACGGGGUCCUUGGGAAUCUAAGUCGAGAAGAGAGACUGACUGUCAGUAUUCCUGCACAGGAAGAUGGGACACCUGCUUCCUGUCACAUGUUCUCCCAUCCUCAGUUCCACCUGUUGGCAAACUCUUCCAGCAGCUCAGAACUUCCUGUAGUUGAGUGUCAGAACGGAUGGGAGUAUGACAACAGCACAAUUAAAUCAGCCUUGGCUACUGAGUUUGGAUUGGUGUGCGACAGGAAAGGUCUGAAUAAAGCCACAGCCACCAUCUUCUUUGUUGGUGUGAUGGUAGGAGCAGCCAUUUUUGGCUGGCUGAGUGACAGGUAUGGUAGGAAACGAAUGCUGAUGGUGGCUUACCUGAUAGCCAUUUCGUUUGGGGUGGCCAGUGCAUUUUCCAAGUCCUUUAUUAUGUUUGCUAUAAUGAGGUUCUUCACUGGAAUGGGCCUUACGGGCAUCAGCAUCAUCUCCAUUGUCCUGUGUGUAGAAUGGGCCGAUAUAGCACACAGGACGAUUGCUGGAGUUAUAAUAAGUUUUGAUUGGUCUAUCAGCACUAUGAUAUUGCCUGGCAUUGCUUAUCUCGUCAACGACUGGAGGCCUCUGGUCAUCACAGUAACAGCUCCUCUCAUACUGGCAGUGAUCACAUGGAGGUGGAUCCCAGAGUCAGCACGAUGGCUUAUAGCCAAUGGACGAAUGGAAGAGGCCCAUUUUUACCUGAGCAAAUGUGCCUCAGCCAAUAACAGGCAACACAACCUCAGAGAUAUCAAACCAGAGACCCUUGCCAAUGUUAUAAUUGCUGAGGACAGAGGUGACAGGAAGUACUCGUAUCUGGAUCUCGUGAGGUCUUCUAAGAUGAGGAAACUGGCUAUGCUUACUGGAAGCACCUGGUUCGGAGUGGCAUUCACUUACUACGGCAUCAGUUUGAACAUCAGUGGUUUUGGGCUGAACUUGUACCUGACCCAGUUUAUUUAUGGUGCCAUAGAACUGCCAUCAAAACUGGUGGCCUAUUUGUGUCUUGAUAAACUGGGCCGCAGGUACAGCCAGGUGGGCACGCUGAUUACAACAGGGGUCUGCAUUGGCAUCACCGUCCUCAUUCCCAGAGAUUUGUGGCUGCCCCGUACAGUCAUUUCUGUGCUGGGUAAAGGAUUCUCAGAGGCCUCCUUCACAUGUGUUUUCCUCUAUACCACUGAGCUCUACCCAACUGUGUUACGGCAGAAUGGAUUAGGCUAUAGCUCAUUUGUUGGUCGUGUUGGCGUUUCUCUUGCACCUCUUGUGAGCCUUCUGGACGAGGUCUGGCUGCCUCUGCCACAGGUCCUGUUUUGCUCUGUGGCUCUCAGUGCAGGUCUCCUUGCGCUGCUCCUCUCUGAGACCCACAAUGUGCAGCUUCCUGAGACUAUUGAGGACGUUGAGAAAACUAGGAAAAGAUCAGUGUGUUCACAACUUGGAAUGGAGCCUUACAAGCAGACAAAGUGAAACUGUAGAGAAGAU